UAUAUAAUUUAGGAAUCUAAAAAAGGAAAUGAAUGGUCAUUGUGAGAGUAAGUUGAAAACUAAUGGAUAUGAAAUAUAAAUAAAUGAGGCCGCAUCGUGAUACACGUCGUUUAUAAGCCCAUAACUUCCUAACCCAAACGCCGGGAGGUGAAGCCGGAAAAAAAAAAUUCCGCCACCUCCGCCAUCGCCGAGAUCGGUUGCGUAUUACAAUCUCUCUGAAUCAAAGCCGAAGUUUCAUGGCCGGCCAGUCACGUAAGUGGCUGGUUCUAGUGGCGACGAUAUGGAUUCAGGCAUUCACCGGCACGAACUUCGAUUUCUCGGCCUACUCUUCCAAACUGAAAUCGGUAUUAGGCAUUUCUCAGGUUCAGCUUAAUUACCUCGCCACUGCUUCCGAUCUCGGCAAAGUCUUCGGCUGGUCCUCUGGAUUAGCUCUGCUUCAUCUCCCGUUGCCGGUGGUUAUGUUCAUCGCCGCUUUUUCAGGAUUCAUCGGCUACGGCUUCCAAUGGCUCCUAAUCGCUGAUUUCAUCUCCUUGCCCUAUUUCCUGGUGUUCUUCUUGUGCUUGCUUGCCGGUUGUAGCAUUUGUUGGUUCAACACAGUUUGUUUCGUUCUUUGCAUUCGAAACUUCUCAGCAAAUCGCCCGUUAGCAUUAUCUCUCACUGUCAGCUUCAAUGGCGUCAGUGCCGCUUUCUACACUCUCGCCGCCGACGCCAUUAAUCCCUCUUCACCUCCCAUUUACCUUCUCCUCAACUCUCUCAUUCCCCUUCUCACCUCCAUCGCCGUCUUUCUCCCCGUCCUCCACCAACCCCCACUUCAUUCUCUUUCCCUCUCCUCCGACGCCGUCCACCGAGACUCCCUCAUUUUCCUCAUCUUGAACUUCCUUGCCAUCGUCGUCGGAAUCUACCUUCUCCUCUUCGGCUCUGUCACUUCCGCUGAUCCCAUGAUCGCACGCCUCCUCUUCAUCGGAGCCAUUGUUCUUCUUAUCUUGCCUCUUUGUAUUCCUGGUAUUGUCUAUGCUAAUGAUUGGUUCCAUCGAACCGUUAAUUCCAGCUUCCAUCUCGAUGGAUCUAACUUCAUUCUCGUCCACGACGAAGAUCUCGAGUUUCACAAAGAGUUGUUGCUUAGUCUUGAAGCGAAUGGAAGCUUCGGCAAUGGCGAAACUUCGUUGUUGUCUGAAUCUGCUUCGUUAAUUGACGGUGAGAUUGAAUCAUCGAAAGGCUGCUUGAGGAAAUUGAUUGAGUUAGAUCAAUUAGCGAUGCUUGGGGAAGAACAUUCGUCGAGUCGAUUGGUGCAACGCCUGGAUUUUUGGCUGUAUUUCAUUGCUUACAUUUGUGGAGGCACAAUCGGACUCGUUUACAGCAACAACAUAGGUCAGAUUGCGCAAUCUCUCGGGUUAAGUUCAAGAACCAAAGCGAUCGUAACACUCUACUCCUCUUUCUCCUUCUUCGGCCGAUUGCUCUCCGCCGUACCGGACUACAUUCGAGCGAAAUUGUAUUUUGCAAGAACGGGAUGGCUUUCGAUUGCUCUAAUUCCAACUCCUAUAGCAUUCUUCCUGCUAUCGGCAUCAUCGACCGAAAUGUCAGUGUACAUAGGCACGGCGCUGAUCGGUUUAAGCUCCGGAUUCAUAUUCGCAGCGGCUGUUUCCAUUACGGCGGAGCUGUUUGGACCAAAUAGCUUAGGCGUUAACCACAACAUUCUGAUCACAAACAUCCCGAUCGGAUCUCUGCUAUACGGCAUGCUUGCUGCGGUGGUGUACGAUUCACAGGGAAGAAGCUCCGACAACGGGGAGGCGAUUGUAUGCAUGGGAAGAAGGUGCUAUUUCUUAACAUUUGUGUUUUGUGGAUGCAUUUCUGUUGUGGGAUUGGUUUCGAGUGUGUUGUUGUUCUUGAGAACAAGACAUGCUUAUGAUCGCUUUGAAAGUAGUAGGAUUUCUAGUAGUACAAAUCGAUUGUAUUGAUUUGUGUCUCGCACUCAUUCAUUUCAUACAUCAUUUUUGUUUUGCUUUCUUUAAAUUA